CAGGAGGCAAGAAACACGUGUUAAUUAUUUUAUUUAAUAACUAGUUCUCAACUGCGACUUCGUACGUCAGAUCGGGUUAUUUUUCAGAAAUAGAUUUCUCGUGCACAUUACGUGUUCAAGAUGGAUGCAGUUGCUGCAAUAUCCAAUAUACAUUCUAUCCAGAAUGCGUUGCAAGUGAUUGCAACGUUGCAGCUAACGUCAUAUAUGUUCCCGCACAGUUCGAAUAUUAAUGAUGGAAGUAUUUACGACUAUAUAGUGGUGGGAGCAGGGUCCGCUGGGAGUGUAGUAGCCAAUAGACUUACUGAGGAUCCAAAUACGACGGUGCUUCUUGUAGAAGCCGGAGGAGAUCCACCUGUAGACUCAGUUCUUCCAGGUUUAAUGGUUUAUUUAAAAGAAACAUCAGUUGAUUGGAAUUAUACUUCGUCUGAAGAAAAUUCUCGAAUAUGCGCUCAAAACUACGUCAGAGAUAUGACACGUGGUAAAAUGUUAGGAGGAUGUAGCAGCAUGAACUAUAUGUUAUAUGCUCGAGGCGACCCCCAUGAUUAUAAUACCUGGGCCGAUAUACUCAAAGACGAAUCGUGGAAUUAUGACAACGUUCUACCAUACUUCAUUAAAAGUGAAAAUCUUCUUGAUCCUGAUAUUCUUAAUUCACCUAACAGGAUAUUUCAUGGUGUUAAUAGUUUCUUAAAUGUUACAAAACAACCAUCAAAUGAGACACAUAAAUACUUGGCUGCAUUUAAAGAGUUAGGAUAUGAAAUCGUUUUGGACUCAAAUGGAAAUUAUACUUUGGGAUAUUCACAACCGUUAUACACUAUUGCUAAUAAUGUUCGACAGAGCACUGCUCACUCAUUUCUUGGUACAAUCAAAAACAGACCUAAUUUGUAUAUCCUUAAAAACAGUUUCGCUACAAAGAUAAUAUUUGACGAUAAUAAUAACGCGAUUGGUCUCAAAAUAAUAAAAGAAAAUGAUGAAAUCAUAACAGUAAAAGCCAACAAAGAGAUAAUAAUAUCUACUGGAACUAUUAAUACUCCUCAAUUACUCAUGUUAUCGGGUAUUGGCCCUAGAGAGCAUCUACUUAGUAUGGGAAUUGAUGUAAUAUCCGAUUUACCAGUAGGAGAAAAUCUUCAAGAUCAUGCUCCUGUAGUUUUGUUAUACGCUAUGGAAAAUAAGAGCAUUGUACAAAAAUCCACCGACCCCCAUCGUUUUCCAACUCCUUUAAUGACUGGUUAUGUAGCUUUGAAUAAGUCCCAAGUUUUUCCAGACUAUCAAACAAUGAAUCUUAUUACAGAUAGCGCUAGUGCUUUACAAUUUUGUGCUUAUUCAUUUAAUAUUGACUACAAUAUUUGUCAACGAUUCUAUGAAGAUAGCAAGGGAAAAGAAGUACUUUUCGUCUUGUGCUCCAAUCUCAAGCCAAAAUCUCGAGGACGUGUUCUUUUGCAGAGUACAAAUCCUAAAAAACCUCCUUUAAUUAACUUAGGACAUUAUUCGGAUUAUACUGAUAUAGAAAAAAGUAUUGCAUAUGCAAAUGAUUUUAAUCGUAUAUUGAAAACGAAAUAUUUUAAGAAUGUGGAUGCUAAGUUGUUAGUUACGCAAGAUUGUCAAGGCUUAGAACAAGGUAGCGAAGAGUUCUGGCGUUGUUACAUACCAUGUAUUAGUACAACGAUAUUUCACUAUGUGGGUACAUGUGCUAUGGGAAGUGUGUUGGACUCACGACUUCGAGUUUCUGGCGUGCAAAAAUUAAGAGUCGUAGACGGUAGCGCUAUACCUAUUAUAACCAGUGGAAAUACCAACGUUCCCAUAAUUAUGAUUGCUGAAAAGGCUGCAGAUAUGAUAAAAGAAGAUAAUGCAAAAUUAUGAUUUAUAAAGCUUCAAUACCGAAAUGUAGAAAUGGUCUUAUUAUAUAUAUAUUAUAUAAUAUAAUUUAUAUUAAUAUUAUAAUUUGUUUCGAUAGUUGAAAUUGGUGAAAAUGAAGUAUUGUUAAACUUUUGUUCGUCUUUUGUUUUGUCGUGUUAACUGUUCUUGACUGCUGUAGGUAUUUCUAAACUAGAACUAGUGUGCCAUUUUUUUUUUAUAAAUUAUUCAAAUCUUAUAACUAUUAUACAUAUGAUAAUCAAAAUAGUGACCACAUUCAAUGAUUGUAGCAAUGAAUAUACAUUUCGGUGACGAUCAAAGAAAUCGCUGAAGAAGCUGUCUAUC